GGGGCGAGGCCGAAGUCACCAUUCGCGACACUACUAUGGACAUGAAGAAGCCAAAAGGACCUCGCGGACCAAAGCACCGGUUCAAAAAAUGCAGAGUCAACCCUCACAAAUACAUCGGCUGUGAAACGAAGAACGACGGAUACCAUAGGGCCAAGGGCUGUGAUAAAGAAGGUAUGGCGCUCGACACACUCGAGUCCGGUUUCUCCUUUGGUAUCGCUGGUCGUGUCAAUACCACGUCUGGAAUGUCCGAUCUUGAGGAGUUUGACGAUGUCGAAUACAAUGAGGAAAUCGCGAGUGCCGACGAUACUGAUGGCGAAGAAGCCUACGGAAGUGAGAGCGAUCCUGAAGAAAACCAGGCUGACAUAACCGACUUUGGCACUGAUGACGAUCACGAUGACGGCGACGACGCCGACGGUGAAGAUUGAUGCGCUUCAGUCCGAUAUGGCAUCUCACUGGAUGU